AUGGGCUUCAUCUACAGUCAAUUAUUCGGAUCUCUGCCCUACCCCACGGGGUCCUACGCCGGCAAGACCAUCGUCAUUACCGGCAGCAACGUCGGCCUGGGCAAGGAGGCGGCGCGCCAUUAUGCCCGCCUAGGCGCCGGCACGCUGGUCCUUGGGGUGCGCAGCACCGACAAGGGCGACGCCGCGAAGCGCGACAUCGAGGCGACCACGGGCUGCGCCAGCGACGUGAUCCGCGUGUGGCCGCUGGACAUGGCCAGCUACGCCAGCGUCAAGGCCUUCGCGGCCCGCGUGGCCGCCGAGCUGGACCGCGUCGACAUCUUCCUCGCCAACGCGGGCGUCGCCAAGACGCGGUACGUCAGGGCCGAGCAGGACGAGGAGACCAUCACCGUCAACGUCGUGUCGACCUUCCUGCUGGCCGCUCUCGUCAUGCCGAAGCUCAAGGCCACGGCGGCGGCGUUCGGGACGCGGCCCACGCUCGUCAUCACGUCCUCCGAGGUCCACGGCUUCACCAAGUUCCCGCAGAGGACGGCGCCCGACGGCGAAAUCUUCUCCACCGUGAGCGACCCGGACGCGCCCAAGAAGAUCUGGGACCAGCAGUACCCGGUGUCGAAGCUGCUCGAGGUGCUGGCCGUGCGCGCCAUCGCCGAGAGGCACCCCGCCGACAAGCUGCCCGUCACCAUCAACUACGUCAACCCGGGCCUGUGCCACUCGGAGCUGGCGCGCGAGCUCGACACGUGGGCCUUCUGGCUCAUGAAGCUGAUCCUGGCCCGGUCGACCGAGUACGGCAGCAGGACGCUGGUCCACGCCGGGGCCCAGGGCGCCGAGUCGCACGGCCAGUAUCUGUCCGAUUGCGGGAUUGAGUCGCCGGCUCCGUUUGUUACGAGCAAGGAGGGCAAGGAGGUGCAGGAUCGCGUGUGGGCCGAGCUGGUGAAGAAGCUGGAGGCGAUCCAGCCGGGUGUGACGAGUAACUUCUGA